UGACCACAGGAAAAACGCUAUUAUUCCAUUUGAUGGUGGCACGUGAACUUUUUUGUGAAAUUUUCUGAUCAUCUACGUUAUUUUCUGGCAUAAAUUACAAGCGCGUUUGUCUCACGUCCCGUUCCUCAAACCAGAGAAAGCUGGUCAUAGACAUUUUUUCUGAUCAAACCUCAAUUACAGUCCAGUUCAUUCCUUGUAUUGAUAAAUUUGCUAAAAGUAUUUAAUAUAACAGAUCAAAGAUUACAACUAAGAAUCUCGUCCAAUAAAUACAUAUUUGGCUCUAUAAAUUGACAUUACUGAUAUCAAGAUAUUGAGCUUAUUGUCCAAAAUUUUGUUAGAAUAAGCUGACUAAAGUUCAGCUUGAGAAAUUUAAAAAACAGAUUACUAAAUCACCACUUUAUAACAUGGCCUGUGGGAUGCAUUGGGAAGCGAGACGACGGCAACAGAAACUAAACAGAAAUAAAGAAGCCGAUGAAAAACAGAACCAUUUUCAGUUGAUGAGUACUGAUGUGGAAGAGCGUGAACAAAGCGGUGUUCACGGUAUGCAGUGCACAGCUACUCGUGAAGCUAUUUCUGUCCACGGAAAUAGUGAUAAAAAUGGCGUGAAGUUAGAUCAGGAUGAGCAGGAGUUCAGUUUCUAUAAUGUCAGGCCAAACACAGCCGCCACUUACCACCAGCAGAAACAGAUUACGAUGGAGUCUUCAGUGGAUGAAAAUGGUGGAUUGGACAACAGGCAAUGCGAAGCGAAACAAACAGGAGAAAGCACAGAAGCAGCCCCAUACUAUGGCUACCCGAUGUUCAUGAACAGAACUAUGGACCACUUCGGCAGGUCAGACCAGUUCAGACGCUGGCUGCACGACGACCAUCUGGCAAAGCUAAACGGCAACGAGAGACAGCUGGAAUUGCACAGGAUCGGAACAGAUGAGACAUAUGUUGAUCUGCUUAGGAAGAAGUUCGGCCAGUUCCAGACUAGGAAAGCGAGAAACAAUGGGUUCUUCAUGCAGUGAACGUCCAAAUGACCGAAUUGAUUAAUAAACCGAUUGGUCAUAGUAAUUUAACUGAAUGCGAAAUCAUAUAUUUCGAAUCUAAUUCCAAAAUCAUUCAAAUAACAGUUAACCGCUGAAAGAAU